AUCUAAGCAGCAUAAAUACUGUAGCAGUAUCAGUGAUUUCUGCGAAUUUGACUGUCUAAAGUUUAAACACGCACUUUUUUACAUCUCGACAACGACACAUUAUUGCAAUGGCCACCAAAAAGGUUAUUGGAGGGCCUUCCGAGGAGAAGAAAGCCACUCCAGAAGUGCAGAAGAUCUGUGAUGAGGUCAAGUCGGCUGCAGAAAAUAAGGCUGGGAAGAAGUUUACUGUUUUCAUUGCCAAAUCUUACACCACACAGCUUGUGGCCGGGACCAACUAUUUUAUCAAGGUGGAUGUAGGAGGAGAGUUCGUCCAUCUGAGGGUUCAUAAAUCACUGCCUCACGCUGGAGAAAAACUAGACCUGCAUGGGAUUCAGACCUCAAAAUCUCAGCAGGAUCCCAUUGAAUACUUUUAAAUCUGGUGUCUCAUUCUCUUUCUUCACAUACUAUACACUUCCAUACUGUAUAGGUUAAUGUGAUCUGCUCAAUGCUGUUACAAAACUAUUAUCCAAAUGUACAUUAAAAUGAACCCAAUACUGUGCCUUAUAUUAUUUGGAUGAGUUUUAUUCGAUAUUUGUCCAGUUUUACAAAAGUUGUAUUGAGGUGAAAGAAUUGCACAUGAAUACUGUACGAGUCAUCAUUCCAGAUCUGUUUUUAUAAAAGAUGCUGCUUCUGAAAUAAAGGGAAAUUUCACAUUU